GCUGUCGCCUCGCUUCGCCUCCCGCUCGGACUCGCUCUCGGCCGGGCCCUCCCGUCCUUCCCGCGGAGCCCACCCGAGGGGCUCGCCAUGUUCUCCAGGAAGGGCCACGCCGACGCCAGGAAAUCCACGCAGAAAGCUCUAGACCCCAAGCGGGACGUGCUGACCCGCCUCAAGCACCUCCGGGCGCUGCUGGAUAUUGUGGAUGGAAGUGACCUGAAGCAGUUUUUUGAGAACAAUUAUUCUCAAAUUUUUUUUAUCUUCUAUGAAAACUUCAUAACACUGGAAAAUAGCCUGAAACAAAAAGCAGGGAAUAAAUCACAGAGGGAGGAGCUGGACUCCAUUCUCUUUCUUUUUGAAAAAAUAUUGCAACUACUGCCUGAGAGGAUUUUUUAUCGGUGGCAUUUUCGCAGUAUAGGGUCGAUUUUGAAGAAACUUUUGCACACUGGAAACUCUCUCAAGAUAAGAUGUGAAGGAAUCCGACUGUUUCUUCUCUGGCUUCAAGCACUUCAGACUAACUGUACAGAAGAGCAGAUAUUAAUAUUUGCAUGCCUUGUGCCUGGGUUUCCACCCGUUAUGUCCUCACGAGGUCCCUGUACACUAGAUAAUGUCAUUAGUCCUCCUAAUUCACCAGAUGCUAAGAUUUUUCCAGAAGAAAUUACCCCACUUUUGCCAGCUGUCUCUGGAGAGAAAAUUGCUGAAGACCAAACCUGCUAUUUUCUUCAGUUACUAUUAAAAUAUAUGGUAAUUCAGGCUGCAAGCUUGGAGUGGAAGAAUAAGGAGAACCAAGACACUGGUUUUAAGUUUCUCUUUACCUUGUUCAGAAAAUACUACCUUCCACACUUGUUUCCAUCUUUUACAAAACUAACUAACCUCUACAAACCUGUUCUAGAUAUUCCUGAUACAAGACCAAGACCUGUAUACAUUACUGCAACACGAAACAAUGAGAAUGUCUAUAGCACAAAAAUUCCAUACAUGGCAGCUCGAGUUGUAUUUAUUAAGUGGCUCGUUACUUUCUUUCUUGAAAAGAAAUACCUAACUGCUGUUCAGCAUACAAAAAAUGGAGGAGAAAUGCUCCCUAAAAUUAUCCAGACUGUUGGUGUUGUAAACCAAGAUAAAAACCCUGAACUGGAAACCAGCGUGUCUUAUGCAAGCGAGCAAGAGAGAAGCCAUUCCAAUAGCAGCACGCUGUCUGACCGGCGGCUCAGUAAUUCAAGCCUCUGCAGCAUCGAGGAGCAGCAUCGGACCGUCUAUGAGAUGGUGCAGCGGAUCCUCCUGUCCACCCGAGGAUAUGUUAACUUUGUUAAUGAGGUGUUUCGGCAGGCAUUUUUGUUGCCUUCCUCUGAUAUAUCUGCAACACGGAAAGUGGUUAAGGUGUAUCGGAAGUGGAUACUGCAGGAGAAACCUGUGUUCAUGGAGGAGCCAGACAAAAAGGAAAACAGUGAGGAUGCUGUUACCAGCUUAGAGGAUUCAUCAGCACAAACGGAUGGUAAACAUCUUUCCUCUGACCAUUCAGGACAUAAGCGCUCAUCCAGCUGGGGAAGAACGUACUCCUUUACCAGUGCUGUUAACAGAGGAUGUGUAUUGGAAGAUGAGGACAAAAAUGUUAAAGCUGGUGCUCAAGCUGCAUUACAGGUGUUCUUGACAAACUCUGCAAAUGUGUUUUUACUGGAACCAUGCAUUGAAGUCCCUGUGCUUCUGAAGGAGCAAGUUGAUGCUUGCAAGGCAGUUCUCAGUAUUUUCAGGCGCAUGAUAAUGGAACUAUCAAUGAAUAAAAAGACGUGGGAGCAGAUGUUACAGAUACUCCUCAGAAUAACAGAAGCAGUGAUGCAGAAGCCAAAAGAGAACCAAAUAAAGGAUACAUUUGCUCAGAGCAUGUCAGGAUUACUCUUCCGAACCCUCAUUGUGGCUUGGAUCAGAGCAAACCUGAGCGUCUACAUUUCUCGGGAGCUGUGGGAUGAGCUGCUUAGCGUUCUGUCUUCCCUGACUGACUGGGAGGAGCUCAUAAAUGAGUGGGCCAACAUCAUGGACUCUCUGACGGCAGUGCUAGCAAGAACUGUGUAUGGGGUGGAAAUGACUAACUUACCCUUGGAUAAGCUCAGUGAACAGAAAGAAAAAAAGCAGAGAGGAAAGGGUGGUGUUUUAGAGCCUCAAAAGACAGCUGUGGUGGGAAGAUCUUUUUCAUUAAGCUGGAAGAGUCACCCUGAAGUUGUGGAGCCCAUGAGAUUUAGAAGUGCCACCACCUCUGGAGCUCCUGGAGUUGAGAAAGCAAGAAAUAUUGUUCGUCAGAGAGCAACAGCUAAGCGAAGCCAGUCUAUCAGCAACUGUGUUCAUCUUUAUGAGGCUUUGCCAGCUACUAAAAGUGUACCUCUUCUGCUUCACACUGUGAGCUCUCUCUUACCUGGUAUCUCUUACACUUCUUGCUCUCACAGACUGUCAGAGGUAGAAGAAUCUCAGCAGUCGGAAGCUUCGGCAGGAGCAGAAGCUACAGGCCUCUUUGUAGACCAAGAGCAGCAGCUCACUCGAAGUAGCAGCACUUCAGAUAUUGCAGACCAAUUUCCAUCUGAUUUUUUUCAAGGCAAAAAGGCUGGGAGUUCUCAUAAUUUGACCACUUUAGACUCCAAAUCAAUCCAGGAAAAUAAGGAGUGUGUGAAGAAGGAACACGAAGCUGAGCACGUAGCAGUACGAAGGAGCAGUAGUACAGCUGAAUUGGAUUUGAAAGCUGACUUACAGCAAACACAUGGAAACCAUAGGGAGAGAGAAAAAAGUGAAAGUGUGAGCAGUGACACAUCCAUUGGGUAUAAUAAUGAGGUAGAGAUUGCUCUUAUCCCCUGGCAAGCCUCUGAAGAAGAUCAGGAAGUUAAUGCAUCAACGGAUGUCUGUGUGGAUCCUGAUGCACCUCGCUGGCUUCAGCUUAGCCCUUCAGAUAAUGCAAAUUUAACAGACAGCAGUGAGUUCCUUGCUGAUGACUGCAGUAUAAUUGCUGGUGGAAGCCUCAUCGGUUGGCAUCCUGAUUCUGCUUCUGUGCUAUGGAGGAGGAUCUUGGGAAUUCUUGGAGAUGUGAACAAUAUACAGUCGCCUAAAAUUCAUGCAAAAGUUUUUGGGUAUCUCUAUGAGCUGUGGUAUAAACUUGCAAAGAUAAGGGAUAACCUUGCUAUAAGCGUGGACAAUCAGUCUACUCCCUCUCCUCCUGUCUUAAUUCCUCCUCUCAGAAUAUUUGCAUCAUGGUUGUUCAAGGCAACCACGCUGCCAAAUGAAUAUAAGGAAGGCAAACUUCAGGCAUACAGGCUGAUCUGUGCUAUGAUGACGAGGCGUCAAGAUGUUCUGCCGAAUUCAGAUUUCCUGCUUCAUUUUUAUUUUGUGAUGCACCUUGGUUUAACAAGUGAAGACCAGGAUAUCUUGAAUACUGUCAUAAAGCAUUGCCCACCUUGGUUUUUCUUCCUGGGCUUGCCUGGCUUUACGAUGCUGAUAGGAGACUUCAUCACAGCAGCAGCCAGAGUGCUGAGCACAGACCUGCUGGAGGCUCCCCGUUCAGAAGCCCAUACCAUCCUUGGGUCUCUUGUUUGCUUUCCAAAUAUCUAUCAAGAAAUCCCACUAUUGCAGCCCAUUUCAGAAGCUGGUGAGAUCAUUGCUGGGAGUGCCGAUGUAAAGUGCUACCUCAUUAAUAUUUUACUGAAGAAUGCUACAGAGGAGCCAAGUGAAGCUGCAAGAUGCAUAGCCAUUUGUGGCCUUGGAGUUUGGAUAUGUGAAGAACUAACACAGUGCACAAACCACCCUCAAGUGAAGGAAGCAAUCAAUGUCAUAGGUGUGACACUGAAGUUUUCUAAUAAACUGGUAGCUCAGGUAGCCAAUGAUGUUCUUCAGCUGCUUGUUUCUUACUGGCAAAAGCUGCAGGAGUAUGAAUCAUCCCUGCCCAGAAAAAUUACUGAAAUCCUUGUGGCCACUAUUGCAUUUCUCCUGCCAAGUGCUGAAUACUCCUGUGUGGAGGCAGAUAAAAAGUUUAUAGUUUCGUUGCUACUUUGCUUGUUGGAUUGGUGUAUGGCAUUACCUAUGAAAAUGCUGCUGGAGCCAGUGUCUGCUGGUGUCCUUGAAGAUCAGCAUGCAUCCAAAGCUCCUUUACUGGAUUAUAUUUACAGAGUUUUGCACUGCUGUGUGAACGGCUCCAGCACGUACACCCAGCAAAGCCAUUACGUGCUGAGCCUUGCGGAUCUGUCGUCUGCUGACUAUGACCCCUUUUUGCAUCUGGAGAAUGUCACGAGCUGUGAGCCAGCCCAGUGCCACUCUGCCACCGAGCUGGGCAACCUGCUCACUGUUGCCGAAGAAAAAAGGAGAAGGAACUUAGAACUAAUACCUUUGACAGCACGGAUGGUUAUGACUCAUCUGGUGAAUCAUUUGAGCCACUACCCACUCAGCGGAGGUCCUGCCAUCCUCCACAGUCUCCUCAGUGAGAAUCAUGACAACUCAUAUGUGGAAUCCUCUGAGCUGUCAUCAGAAGUCUUCCGGAGCCCCAACCUUCAGCUCUUUGUGUUUAAUGACAGUACUCUUAUAUCAUACCUCCAAAUUCCUGCAGACAAAAGGAAAGACACUGAGCCAGCAGUAGCCCCCUCGGAUGUAAGGGUAAUUGUCAGAGAUAUCUCAGGGAAGUACUCUUGGGAUGGCAGAAUAUUGUAUGGACCUUUGGAGGGCUGCCUUCCACGGCAGAACACAGCCAACUCAUUUGUGAUUUCAGGCAGCUGCGAGCACCACUUCAGUUCCCAAAAAGACAUUUCUCAGGUGGAAGAAGGAGAAGAUGCUCUUGACAAAUUACUGGAGAGGAUUGGUAACACCAGUCCUGAAUGCCUUUUACAUCCCCAGCGGAAGCUGAAUGAGCCAUCGCCACCGCCCUUUGGAAUGAGCUGCGAGCAAGAGAAUGCAAUCACUGAAGCCCUGAUGAGGCAAAGUACCCAGGAAAACGAGUACAUUUUAAAAUGCAGCUCAGACUUCAGUAUGAAGGUGGCCCGUCAGGAAGAACCGCGUCCUGCUGAACCCCAAGCAUCCUUUUAUUUCUGUCGGCUGUUGUUAAACGACUUGGGAAUGAACUCCUGGGAUAGAAGGAAGAGCUUUCACCUUCUGAAGAAAAAUUCAAAAUUACUGAGAGAACUGAAAAAUCUGGAUUCUCGCCAAUGCCGUGAAACUCACAAGAUUGCAGUGUUUUACAUUGCAGAAGGACAGGAGGACAAGUGUUCAAUACUGUCCAAUGCCAGGGGAAGCCAGGCAUAUGAAGAUUUUGUUGCUGGACUGGGUUGGGAGGUUGAUCUCUCGACACACGGUGGGUUUAUGGGCGGCCUGCAGCGCAAUGGCAGCACUGGACAAACAGCACCCUAUUAUGCUACCUCUACCGUGGAAAUCAUUUUUCAUGUGUCUACAAGAAUGCCAUCAGAUUCAGAUGAUUCACUGACCAAAAAGCUUCGUCACUUGGGAAAUGAUGAGGUUCACAUCGUCUGGUCUGAACACAACAGGAACUACCGCAGGGGCAUUAUACCAACAGAUUUUGGAGAUGUUUUAAUUGUUAUUUAUCCGAUGAAGAACCACAUGUUUUUCAUAGAAAUAAUGAAGAAACCAGAGGUGCCAUUUUUUGGUCCUCUCUUUGAUGGAGCCAUUGUGACUGCAAAGCUGCUGCCAAGCCUCAUAUGUGCCACGUGCAUCAAUGCCAGCAGAGCCGUCAAAUCGCUUAUCCCUCUCUACCAGAGUUUCUACGAGGAAAGAGCUCUGUAUCUUGAAGCAAUAAUCCAGAACCACAAAGAAGUAAUGACAUUUGAGGAUUUUGCCGCUCAGGUCUUUUCUCCCUCUCCCAGCUACUCCCUGGGUGGAACUGCCAAAAAAAAAAAGGGAAACAAUUAUUCAACGAAAUGCUUGUGUAUGCUUUAAAAAGGAAUAAAAACUGAACAGGUGCAAACAGAUACAAAACGUUCCAACUUCAAUUACCUCUGGUGGCUAAAAAGCAGUGGCUUUGUUCAUUCGAGACCGGGAUCCAGAACUGUGUUAACUCUCAGAAAAUGGAAAUAGGUGGACCUUCUGGAAGGGAGAAGAAAUAGCCCUUUGACCAGAGAAACCCUCAAACAGGGGCAGAUUUCUGCUUUGGAGAGAACCUCCAGCCCUGCUUUUCAGCACCGUGGGCUUGCAGUUGGUGCUUCAAAGGGUUAAUUGAAAUGGGCACACUUGACUGCUGAGAGGACUGAUCUAAUCACUGCCAUAUCCAAGUGCAUCUGUUCACCAUGAGGUCAUUCUUGUGCAUGCUAAUGAUUUGGAAAAUAAAGCAUAACGCUCGACGUUAUCAGAAAGGAUAUAGUGUAAAUCUUUACUUUUUUAGUUGCUAAUCACUAUUGUGGGGCCAAACAGCAGGCAAAAGAAUCCCGGAUUAUCGCUUUCCAUUUCAGGUUUUGUCUUUUAAGCAUCAUUUUCAGAGCAGUGUCAGGAAGCCGUGCUGGAAAACUCUGACAUGUGGUAUCUGUUGAUAAAUGGGUUCUUUAAUGAAUAUUAUAGCAUUGCCCAGGAGCAACACUUGAGUUGAGGAACUAUAGACGUUUUCAGCAUUCCCCGGUUUUAAAGCCCUGGGAGCAGCGUGUGCUUAUUUACAUAAAACUGAGAUUUUGCAGCCUUUUUGUUGAGAAAGUGACACAUGCUUCCCUUUUGUCUCUGGGCUUUUAUAGGCACAGAAUUCUUGCAGAAAACACACGAGGAUACAACAAAAAAAGAUUUGUUUUUUAAUGCUUUUUGCUCAGUGCGGAGCUUUAAGUUUCCCACUUUAAAACAACAGGAAUAUUCCAAACGUGGUCAGAAAACACAUUUUUGACAGAGGCAAAAGAGAACCCAGUAGGGUGACUCUGAGCAUGCAGCCAGGCACACAGUGGGGUUAUUUUGGAAGCUGGUUGAGUGGUGACUCUUUCUGACCAGAUUGGGCUUUGCUGUUUUUUUCAUUCUGACUCGUGGAAUCAGACUCCACAACCCAAAGCUUGAUUAUGAAGCAGGUAUGUUUUAAUCAGUGCUGCGCAGGCACCGGGUGCAAGGGGGAUAUUCCGCCUAUCUUGCCCAACGUAGGCAAAAGCUUGGUUCAGAUAUAGGCUGACCUACAUAAUCAAUGAUUUUCCCAGAAUUCGUAUCCGUAUUCAUUACAUUUCUGAGAGCCCAUCAGCAUAUGGUCCCUCCCUCUUGCACGUGCGCCGUGGGCAGUGGGGUCUCCUUCUGGUGGUCAGGGGAUGAAGGCUCAUUGUCUUCAACAGAAGUAAUCCCAUCCUGACCCGUUCCUUGUGUAAUGUUUCUUCAAGUUUACAAUUGAGUUUCGUGAUGUUCUUUUUUUAUCUGGCCUCACAUCCUGCUUACCUGCAUUCCUAUACCAUAGUUAACUCUUGUCCUGUCUUUACUCACAUUCCUAUACAGUAGUUAACUCUUAUCUUGUCCUGUCCUUACAUUCCUGUACAAUGCUUAACCCUUACCUUGUCCUCUCCUUUUUCACAUUCCUAUACAUACAAUGGUUAACCCUCAGUUUGUCCUCUCCUAACUCAAUCCCCUCUUUUUCUUGAACCUAGCAAUUUCUUUUGCUAGAUUACUCCAUUCAGGAAAAGGGAAGUUUUGAAAUGACUUCCACUUCCUACUUUCUGCCUUAGCUUGUGCUUUUUCCAUUCCUCAUAACUAUCCCCAGAAGUUUUGCAUAUUCAUAGUACACAUCUCAUUGCAGUACACAUUAAAAUGGGCAAGAUGAUUAUAAUAAUAUAAGCCACAGAGAGUUGCUUUAGCCAUUCAAAAUUAGGUAACCCGCUGCUAAGUUUUCCCACAAUUCUGUGAAUCCGAAUGAGGUAUCAUCCAUCGUUACCUGAUGCAGUAAUUUAGUGUGUUCCCAUAUUGCCUGUAGAUCAGUCUCUAUCCUUUGAGUCUUGCCUACGUGAGCACAACAGCUCUGAUUAGUUAUCACACAAACCCAUCCCUCUUUGGCUGUUAGGAGAUCCAACGCCAUUCUAUUUUGUAAUACAACCUAACUAAGCAUUGAAAUCUCAACUUGUAAUGCGUUGGUUGCAUCCACGUGAGCAUUCUCUGUAUUAUCUCUAGAGUGGCUGAAAUAUGAACGAUCGCUUUCUCCAGCUCACUUACUCCAAGAGAUGGGAUGAGCCAUCUCACAAAGCUGUGGAAACCGGUAGGUUUUUCCACCAAGGGAUUUAGUACUCUUCUCACCCGUCUCCAGGGGGUUCUCAAGCGUCCCUGUGGUAUUUCCUCAUGCACCGUGGUCUGAGGUACCAUGUAUCCUGCAGUGCAUGUUCCCAUCCAAUUUGCAGGCAGUGCCUUUCGUGCCUGCCCAUCCCCACAUAACCACCAGCAUCCGUAAGGUAAUCUGCAUGGAUUAGACCUACCCUCUUGUUGGGUAGAAGAUGUUCCCAUUCCCACAAUCCCAAAUACAUUCUUAUCUGUAGGCCAUGAUGAAUUUUCACUUGCUCUAGAAUCACGCCCUAUGCCCUGCUUCCACCUUGUAGUCUUGUUGAGUCCUGAUACUGUCCCCGAAUUCCCAUAUUCCCAACUGCAUCCUGUACCUGUUAAGUUUCACCACCCAACUUUCACACUAAUUUCGCUAUCAUUUUCCCUGUCCACAAAGAUAGACUUAGAAGAACUAAUAAUCAACAGAUCGAACCUCGGGCCCUUUUGUAAUUAAUCCUCCAUUCCAUACUUACAUUCCCCAUGUUCCACCCAAUUUGGAAUUGUCCAAUUAAACACUUCUAACUCGUAGACUGGCACCCCUCCCCUCUGGGGAGGACCGUACGCAUCCAACAAUUUGUUAGGUUAAAAUUUUGGGCUACUGCCCAAGUAACAUUUAGGUAGCUAUUAUCUUCCCAGGCUAAAGCAAAUCUUAUAAGGUUAAUUACAACGCAUAGUUUAUACAUUUUUCUUAAUUGUUAGUGGGAGGGUCCUUUCUCCCUCACAGUCCAUUGCGGUCGGACAGUCUUCUUCAGGCAGGUGUAGUGUAUCCACGGUAUCGGUCCUUCCACCUGGGCUGCCCUGUGCGUGGUUAGGAGUGUUUCAUAAGGUCCUUCCCACCUUGGUUCUAGAGGAGAAUCUGAGAGGGAUUGGACAUACACAUAACCUCCAGGCAAUACGUUAUGUACCGGACCAUCCAGGCCUCAUGCCCUGCUAUUAAACACCACCUGCUCAAUAUCCUUUAAUUGCUUUCACAACUUAAUUACAUAUCUGCUCAAAAGUUCCUCCCCUGUUUGUGCAGAAGCUCCUUUUUGUACCGGAUGAGGUCUCCCAUAAAGGAUCUCAAAUGGACUUAGUCCUUCCUUGGUUCAGGUUUUGUUUGAAUCCUUAAUAAAGCCAAAGGCAGAGCUUGGGGCCAGGGUAUUCCUGCCUCCUGGCCAAGCUUCACCAUCUGUAAUCUUAACAAAUGAUUCAUUUUCUCUGCUUGUCCGCUUGACUGAGGUCGAUAAGGUGUAUGUAAUUGCCAAUCAACCCCCAGUAACGUGCUCACGUGUUGUACUAUUCUGGACAAAGGUAAGGGCCUUGGUCCAGGAAUUCUGAGGAGGUUUCUUUUGGACCCUGCCUUAUAAGGCAGACCAAUUGGUUGCUUUAGGAAUAGCCCUUUCCAUUCCUUUUACCACCCAUCCUCAGUAGGCUUCUAAAAGAUGUCGUUCUGCUCCUCUACCUGGGUCCCAAUGAUGGAAAUGAUGUUUUAUAUCCACGUUUCCACCCCGCAAAUUAUCCUCAGCCAGAUUCUGGGCUGUUCUCAAAAUUAGACACUUUUCCAUCUCCGUCAUGGAGUCUGGUAAUAGCUGGAUAUCACUCCAGUUGGGAUUGUGCUGCCUAAUCAAAUACUGGAAAUGCCGUGUUACUCCCACCGGGUCACUUGGAAUUCCUUAGCCACCUGUUUCCAGGUUUCCAGAUCAAAAGAAGACAAUGGGACCUUUAGUAAGAUAUGUGUCCCAUCCGGUCCCACCGCCUCCCUCAGGGGGCCUAAAAGAACACUUUGUUGCCUCCUAGUUCCAGUGGCUAUAGGGGAGUCCGGGAGGGUUUUGGGGGAAGAGUCUUCCCUUUUGGAGGGCUCCCUUUGUCCAGUGGUAGGACUCCCUGCCCUGUUGCCUGAUAAUGGUCCAGUAAAUGAGCAGAAGUCUUAACUUCAGUUAGUCUAGUGCACUGUUGUCCUAUACUGCAUGCAGAGCAAUGGCGUUUUAUCCCUCCGCUUCCUGCUGCCCGCCGAUCCUUUUCUAAUGCUAACACUAGAGGAUCUCGUGGUGCCCCCAUCCCACAUUCUCUUUGCCACUCAGGAUGAUUCCUGAGGGUAAAGAACAUACCAGCGUAUGCUGCCUCAUCCCAUUUACCUUAAAAAUAGCAUCAGUUGCAGAAUGGUAUUGUACUUCAGUGUCCCGUUCAGGGGCCACUUUUCCCCAUCAUCCAAUUUAUACAAUAACCACCACUGAAUACAAUAUUUUAUCAGUUUUCUUGCUUAGAGUGCCCCCAGGACCCCCUGCAGUAUUUCACCAGUGUACCAGAACACAUCUGAGGGAUGUUCUUUUAGGUAUUUCCUUUCCCUGUGAGCCUCCCAUAAUGUUGUCUCACUGGUUCGUUGUUGCCCUAAGGUUUCCACAAGUAACUCUUCAUACUCUAAAAUUUCCCACUCUAAAAUUUCUGGACACGAACGACACCACCAACCCCGAUACAUUUCUUCACACACUGGACGGCAUAUAAUAUAAAUGGGGCAACACUCAUUUUCCAGGUGGAAUGCACACCUUUCCUCAGGCCCCUCUUCCCAAUUAAUAAACUCCCAUCGCUAUCCCGAUCUAUAAGCUUCAUACAAACACAAAAACACGUAUGGAUGGACAGAUGACACAAAGAACAACUUGUUGCUUCGUCCAUCCCCGGCCGUUUCCCUGGUGGGAGCACGGAACCACAGCUCAGGACUCCUCUUUCACUCCGUGUCUCAGCCACGUCUCACUCACACCACAUGCACACAAUGCCAGCUGAAUCAAUCCUGCACGUGCACUGUGGGCAGUGGGGUCUCCUUCUGGUGGUCAGGGGAUGAAGGCUCAUUGUCUUCAACAGAACCAAUCCCAUCCUGAACAUUCCUUGUGUAAUGUUUCUUCAAGUUUACAAUUGAGUUUCAUGAUGUUCUUUUCUUAUUUGGCCUCACAUCCUGCUUACCUGCAUUCCUAUACCAUAGUUAACCCUUAUCUUGUCCUCUCCUUACUCACAUUCCUAUACAGUGCUUAACCCAUAUCUCGUCCUGUCCUUACUCACAUUCCUAUACAGUACUUAACCCUCAGUUUGUCCUCUCCUCACUCAACACAUGCUUCCCUUUUGUCUCUGGGCUUUUAUAGGCACAAAAUUCUUGCAGAAAACACACGAGAAUACAACAAAAAAAGAUCUGUUUUUUAAUGCUUUUUGCUCAGUGCGGAGCUUUAAGUUUCCCACUUUAAAACAACAGGAAUAUUCCAAACGUGGUCAGAAAACACAUUUUUGACAGAGGCAAAAGAGAACCCAGUAGGGUGACUCUGAGCAUGCAGCCAGGCACACAGUGGGGUUAUUUUGGAAGCUGGUUGAGUGGCAACUCUUUCUGGCCAGGUUGGGCUUUGCUGUUUUUUUCAUUCCUUGUCUUUGCAUUUUGCCUGAAGAUCUGUAGGAUGUUGAGGCAGUUCUGCCUGCUGGGCAGAAUAAAAGUCUCUCUGAGUUCUCACUAACACUUGUGCAUCAUUUUAGGGAAUAUUUUUAGAGCUGAAUAUUUGGAAAUAAACAUCUGAAAGCAAAUAGCUGUGCCGUGAUACUGCUUACAGCAAGCAUGGCAUGUGCCAGGCGUUGAGUUCCAGCAACACGAGCAUGCUGCCUGACAUGGAGCAAAGGAGGCAGGGCUGAAAUCAAGAUGUCAUGGAGGAUGCUGGGAUGCUGAGAUCCUGCCUCCCAUCGUCUCCAGUUGCAGAUGUCCACGUAUGGAUUGGACCGUUCCCUGUUUGGCCACUUGUAAAUGGCUUCUUGUGUGCUCUAACAAAACAUGUUCCACACCUCCGCAGCCCACACAUACUGAAGCAUCUUCCUUCGUUUGGGUGAAAUGCUCUCCUGGCCAUGGCUGCUGCUUGAUAGCAGAGAAUCAAAAGAUUCCCAGUGAAAUUUCCUGUUGGACCAACCUGACCUAAUGUUGGGGGCUUCUGCAAAGCCCUCACAAGUACUGUUUCUCCCCAGAGGUGCCUGUCAGCAAGACACAAGGGGGAAAUCCACCCCACAUAGUGCACUCCUUCCCUCCUUCUCACAUGCUGUCACCCAGGCUGCAGGGAGGGGAACUCCACACCACUGCUGCUCCCGUGGCAGCUCAGACCCUCUGCAUUUUGCAGGAUGUGAGCUGUGUGUCUGUUGGCAGCGUAUUCUCAUGAAAGAGAAACACUGUCUGGUGGUAUUCUCUCUUUGCAGAGGGAUCCAUCACCCAUUUGUGGGCACGGUGUGUGUGUGCAGGGGAUGGGUUUGUACAUAGAAGUUACUUUUCACUUGUAUGGCCCAGUGGUAUGUAUGUUGUUCACGCUGUGAUUUUUUAACCUGGCCACAGUGUAACAGCAGUUCAGCCCUCCAAGAAGCCUCCAAUCUUACCCGAUUUCAGAUUUUAUCUGCUAGCAGUGUUGUUGAAAUGAGAGGAGGCUGAAUGCCCGGGCUGCCACAUCUGCACAUUUGGCAGAAGCUGAAGAGGACUCACUUUGGGCACCAUUUCCUCCCCACCCCUGACCAGCAGCACACCUCAGUCACCCUCUGUCCCCAUGUCCCCCCAGUCGGCUCCUGGCCCCAUGUGCACCGUGGGUAUGCUGCUCCUGUAUUGAUACCAUUUUGUGUUCUC